GACGUUUCCGAAGGUCUUUUUCUCGGCGUUCGAUAUAAAAAGGCCGCUGCAAAUCUACUGCUCUUCAGUUGCAAACCGUGCAUUUGCAAAUAUCAAUCUCUAACGCAACGCAAUCUUCAUCAAAAUGUGCUCAUUCUCUAAUGUUGUGUGUACAACGUUGCUGGUAGCUGCUUUGGUUUUCUCGGAAUCCGACGCCCAUAAAAAAGGAAGAGGAGGCGGCGGGAGUGGAGGUGGUUACGGUAGCUAUGGUGGCCAACGAAGUCUAGGACAUGGCGGUGGUCAUACAUUACCGAUGAGUUCGGGACACGCUGGCCAUUCGUCGCAUGGAGGAUACGGUGGCCACAUUUCUCCAAUGAUAGGAGGACAUCACAGCAGUCACGCAGCACCCGUGAGCGGAGGGUACGGAGGUCAAAUUGCGCCAAUCAGCGGAGGAUACGGUGGUCACACAUCAUCCGUGGGUGGAGGGCAUUUCAGUAGUCACGCUGCCCCCGUUAGUGGUGCGUAUGAUGGACAUGGUGCUCCAGUUGGUGGAGGAUACGGAGGGCAUCCUUCUCCUGCGAGCGGAGGGUACGGCAGUAGUCAGGCGGUCCGUCGGCCUAAGAGUGGAGGCUACAGCAACAAUCACGCGUUACCUGUGAGCGGAGGAUAUGGUGGUUAUGGUGCGUCAAUGAACGGAGGAUACGGUGGCCAUGCUUUGCCAACCAGCGGAGGAUAUGGAGGUCAUGCAGCAUCGGCAGCCAAAGGUUACGGUGGCCAUAGAUCACAAAUGAGCGGGGUAUAUGGAGGUCAUUCUGCACUGAUGAGUGGAGGUUAUGGAAGUCACGCUGCUGGAAAAGGCUACGGUCGUUAAAAAAGGCAGUUAGAAAAAAGCUUCAAUAACGUCCCAAGAUCUGCAAUCCGUCCACUUCAAUUGAAUUAACCAGUCGACAAAAGAAGAAUUUCCAGUCCGGAAAUUGCCGUCCUUUGAUCUAAAUAAAACGAAUUUUCGGAAAAUACACGUCUUUUUUCAUUAAA